AUGAACAAAGAAAGAGAUAAUGAUUUAUUUGGUUCUCAAUUAAACCAAAUAUUAAUAUUAUUACAAACUGUUCAGUGUCAAAUUAAAAGAAUUUCUACUUUUCAAGAUCAAACAUAUCAAUGGAACACCAAGCAUCAUCAAUACCUACAAAAUGUUUUAAAAUCAUUUAAUAAAAUAAAUGCAAUUUUUAACACAAAAGAAGGAAAUUUUAACGAUAGCAACAACAAUCAAAGUAAUGACAAUAAAAUUAUAAAAAAUCAAACUUUUCACCAAAAAAUAAUUUCAGUUUAUGAUCCAUUGAACCCAUUUUCACAAGAAUUACAAUAUCUUGUUAUGCAAAUAGACAAAGAUUUAUUUGAUGAAUUAGAAGAGGAAUCAAUUAUUAUUAUUUAUCCUUUUAUUUUAAAAUGGUUCAAAGAAGAAAAUCCUAUCCAAAUUGUUGUUGCCUUGGUCUUACUAUGGGAAAUAUCAUUAAAGUUUCAUUAUUUAGGAAAAAAGUUUAAAGAUAUCAAUAAGAAAUUAUUAGUAUGUUUAAAUAUUAUAGAAUCAAAAGGUAUUAUUAACAAUUUACAUUGUCAAGGUGUUUUCCCAUUCUCUGAAGAAGAAUAUAUUAAAUUAAAAAGUUUUUUAGAAUAA